UUUAAUGACAGGCGGUUUUCAGAGACUGCAGGGUUAGGUGAACGUGAACGCAUUUGUCUCCUCAAGAAAUCCGGAAUCUAAUAAAAAUGGAGUGUCUGAUUGGAAUCCAGUUCAGGGAUUUUGUUCUCGUUGCUGCUGACAUGACGAUUGCACAGUCAAUAAUGGUCAUGAAAACGGACGAGCACAAGAUCCACAAGAUCUCGGAGAAGCUGGUGAUGGCAGUGUCUGGAGAGCAAGGAGACGCAACCCAGUUCUCAGAGUUCAUUGGGAAGAAUAUCCAGUUGUACAAAAUGAGGAAUGGCUAUGAGCUGUCGCCCAAGGCAGCUGCAACCUUCACGAGGAGAAAGUUGGCGGACUAUCUCAGGUCCAGAACACCUUAUCACGUUAAUUUGCUGAUGGCUGGGUACGAUGAUGAGACUGGCCCUGAGCUAUUCUUCAUUGAUUACUUGGCUUCGUGUGUCAAGGCACCUUAUGCUUGCCACGGCUAUGGAGGGUUCUUCUCGCUUACUAUUCUGGAUAGAUAUCAUCGACUUGAUAUGAAUGAGGAACAGGCCUACGAACUCUUGAAGAAAUGCGUAGCAGAGGUCCACAAACGUCUAAUCGUCAACCUCCCCAACUUCAAAGUCCAGAAGAUCACAAAAGACGGUAUCAUCGACUUGCCCCCAGUAACGGCCCAGGAGUUGGCUGUCGAACGUGCCGCAAGAGCAUAAGUCCCCCCAUUACAUUUCCUCCUGUUAAUGCUUCUGGAUUUCGUAAUUAUUACCUAAACCUUAUGAAUUUUCAAUAAACAAUUUUUGGAAUAACAAAUAAAACUCGUGCAUAA